AUGAUCCCCCUCCCCUCCCCCUUCUCCCAAAUCCCCCGCCCUAACCACCCUCCUCACCCGCCCCAACCCCAACCCCAAGCAUCCCCCCACCAAUCCCCCCUCAUAACCAUCUACACCAAACGCGAGGACCAAUCCAGCCCCUUCGCCUCAUCCGGCAACAAAUACCGCAAACUAGAAUACCUCAUCCCGGACAUUCUCUCCUCAGUCCCCAAAUACGGGACUCUAGCUCCCGGCCCUCACCACGGCACCCUCACCCACCCCCCAAACCCACCACCAGCAAAAAAGACAACAACGCUAGUCACCGAAGGCGCCCUCCAAAGCAACCACACCAUCCAAGUAACCAGCAUCGCCAACCACUUCCAUCUGGAAUCAGUAAUCAUCCUCCACAAAGCCACCGGCGGCGGAUUGAAUGCCUCCACCAACAAAGAAGCCUUUACUGAGACAGGUAAUGUCCAGAUAGCGAGGUUACUAGGUGCGGAUAUCAGGGUUCUUGAUUCUUCGACUGUAUCAUCAAAAUAUACAUCUACAGAUCCAACGACUGCCACCGAAAAUGAUACCGAAGACGGGGUCGCCUCCAUCCUAAGCACCCUGCAAACCCAUCACCAAAAAUCCACAUACUGGAUUCCCUCAGGGGCAAGUCUCCACCCGCUCGGUGGACUGGGGUACGCGCGAUGCGCAUUUGAAAUUGCCUUUCAGGAAAAAACUCACGCCCACACCCACCUCAAUCCAAGUCCCAAGUUACGAUCCCGAUUCGACUACAUCUUCGUGGCCUGCGGAAGCGGAAGUACCCUUGGCGGGCUCAUCGCGGGGAUGAAACUCCUCCAGAAAGAGGAAGAACACCAGCACCAGAACAACCCCCCCCGAAAAAUCAUCGGAAUCAUGACCUCCCCCACCCAAAACCGUGCAUAUCACGAGGACCGCGUACUAGGGUUUGCGCGUCAAGCAGCGGGGUUAAUCGGGUUAGAUGGGGAACGGGAUAUCGGGAUGGAGGAUGUAUGUGUGGAUGAGCGGUUUGCGGGGAUGGCGUAUGGGGAGUUGGAUGGGGAGACGAGGGAGGUGUUGGGGGAGAUGGCGAGGGAGGAGGCGGUGUUGUUGGAUCCGGUGUAUACGGGGAAGGUGGUGAGGGGGAUGAGACAAUGGGUGAGGGAGGGGGAGAUUGCGCGGGAUUGGGUGGCUAGGGGGGGAGGGAUUGGGGAGGAGGUGAAUGUGUUGUUUAUACAUACUGGGGGGCAGACGGCGCUGAGUGCGUAUGCGGAUGUGGUGUAG